AUGGCAGAUACAAUGAAAAUGGGGCAGUACGCCAAAGUCAAAGGCAACAUCGAGGACGCCAUUCACAUGGUCACCGGUCCCAUCCCAGCAGCCUCGUCUCUCACUAAAGAUCAAAUCCUUGUCCGUGUUCUUACUGUCGCCCUCAAUCCAGCCGACUACAAGCUCCCUGAGUCCUACGUGGGGUCUCUACUUAUACGCCAACCCGCCAUUCCUGGCUUUGACCACUGUAGCCGAGUUGUUGCCGCCCACCCCUCAGUAACCACCUUCAAGAACCAGCUUGUAUUCGGUGGGUUCUCACGUGCUCCACCAAACGGCACAUUGGCAGAAUACACGGUCAUCUCGGCUUCUGAGUGCGCCGCACUGCCUGACGAUGUUGACCCCGAACAUGGCGCCGCCGCAGCGACUGCCGGGACAACGGCUCUGCACGGCGGUAUUGGAAGCUGGGGUUUGCAGUUUGCGAACGCCAUGGGCGCCAGGGUCGUCACGUCGUGCUCAGGCUCAGGCUCAGCGGUCGACAUGUGCAAGGAACUCGGCGCUGACGAGGUCUUCGACUAUAGACAAACAGAUGUUAUAGCAGGGCUAAAAUCCCGGAUUGUUAGUUUCGGCCUCGUUGUCGACAAUGCUGGGAAUAGCUCGGAUCUGUACGAUAUUAGCCCUAUGAUCCUCAAGCCUGGUGGCACUUUCGUCCAGGUGGGUAUUGGCAGCAACGUAGACCUCGGAAGCAAUGCAAUGACGGUGAAGAGGUCGCUACUUGCAUCCUUCCCAGUGGGUGGCUGCAAGUACUAUUUUGUGAACGCUAAGAAUUCAACCGAGUCUUUAGAGCAGAUUGCGCAGUGGAUGACUGAAGGCAAGGCUAAGGCAGUGAUUGAUAGUAAGUUUACCUUCGCAAAGGUGCCGCAGGCCUUCCAAAAGCUGAGGACAGGACAUGCUAAAGGCAAGAUUGUUAUGGCCCACAUAUAG